AUGACAAACUGCAAUUCCAGUUCACAGCUGUCACUCAUCUGCUCUGGUCACAGGUCCCUCAGACUGGUGGGUUCUGGGAGUGAGUGUGCAGGGCGUCUGGAGGUUUUCCACAAAGGCUCAUGGGGAACAGUGUGUGAUGACUCCUGGGAUAUGAAGGAUGCCCAGGUGGUGUGCAGACAGCUCCAGUGUGGAGAGGCCCUCAUUGGGGCGGUUCCAGCCUGGUUUGGUCCUGGAACUGGACCCAUUUGGCUGGAUAAGGUGGACUGCCUGGGGAAUGAGACGUCCCUGUGGAGCUGUCCGUCAGAGGGAUGGGGCCGACAUGACUGUGGACACAAGGAGGACGUGGGAGUGCUGUGUUCAGAGUUUAAAAAGAUCAGACUAAAUGAAGGCUGCUCUGGGAACCUGGAGGUUUUUUACAAUGGAACCUGGGGUAAUGUCUGCAUGAACCAAAUGGACUCAGACACAGUGUCUUUAAUCUGUCAAGAGCUGAACUGUGGAAAGAGUGGCAGUGUGGACUGGAGCACACCAAGACUGGCUUCAGCUCCAAACUGGCUUGACCGUGUACAAUGCCGCAAACACGACAUCAGUCUAUGGAACUGUCCGUCUUCACCCUGGGGUCAGAAUGAAUGUAAUGCAUUUGAAGUGGCAAAAAUCACCUGUUCAGCUCUGUCUAAGAGGAAACACAUGACUCUGCCUGAUGCCGUCUAUGAGGAGAUUGACCACAGAUUCCUCACUAAGAGAAGCAGUAACACUGUUCAGAGAGGUCGUGCUCUCUCAGAGGGACAGAAUUCUGGCUAUGAGGAUGUGGGGGAAGAAGAGCUCCUCCCAGAACAGGUGGCCAGCAUACAGGCAUCUGUGUGGGAGCUCCUCCUGCAGCUGGCCACCCAACGGACACAUGGAAUCAGUGAUUCCAUGAAGCCCUUCCUGUUGUGA